AUCUUAGUCAUAGAUUGAAGAAGAGAAGAACAUAGGUGAGACCGUGAGAGCGAGUUGAGAGGAAAAGAAAACAUGUCGGGACCUGAGUGCUGUUCAAAUCCACCAACUCUGAACCCUUCUGGAGGAGCUGGGCAUGUCGACAAAGUGGCUGGUGUCGAUUCCUAUUUCACAGGCUCUCCUCACUCCAAACUCGCCGUUCUUAUGGUCGCCGAUGUUUUUGGGUAUGAAGCACCAAGUUUAAGGAAACUUGCUGACAAAGUUGCCGCUGCUGGGUAUUAUGUGGUUGUUCCUGACUUCUUUGAUGGUGAACCCUUUAAUCCUCAGAAUCCUAACAGGCCCUUACCUGCUUGGAUAAAAGAUCAUGGAGCGGACAAAGGUUUUGAAGCUGCCAAACCCAUAAUUGAAGCCUUAAAAAGCAAAGGUGUUUCAGCUAUUGCAGCUGUUGGUUUUUGUUGGGGUGCUAAGGUUGUGGUUGAACUAGCAAAGUCCAAACUUAUCCAAACUGGUGUGCUAUUGCAUCCAUCAUUUGUCUCUGUGGACGACAUUAAGAGUGUUGAUAUUCCAAUUUCUAUACUUGGAGCCGAGAUUGACCAAAUUUCUCCUCCAGAGCUUGUGAAACAAUUUGAACAAAUCCUCGCUGCUAAAUCCGGGGUUGCCAGUUUUGUCAAAAUAUUUCCCAAAGUUUCACAUGGUUGGACUGUGAGAUACAACACCGAAGAUGCAGAAGCUGUGAAGGCUGCAGAGGAGGCCCACCAGGAAUUGCUGGACUGGCUUGCUAAACAUUUGAAGUGAGAAAUCUUGUUAAGAUUGUACAAUGGAGGAUUUAAAAUGCUACUUGUAGUUUGCAAGAAAAUACCUGUUGGACGUGACUGUUAUUUCUAGAUCAGCAUAAUAAUGUUGCUUUCGGUGAUUGUGUUUGUUGGACAAUUGUGAUUUUAAAUCUUAAUAAAUUAUAUUUUAAUAACUUUAUGUAAAA